AUUUUGAUUAAAAUUCUUUUCGCUGGCGUGUUUGAGUUUUGCGGAGAUGUCGUUCAACGUGUAGCCAAAAAUUAAUUAAUAUCCUUUUUAAUAUCUUAAUUUUUGUAAUUAAAGUGUUUUAAAUACAUCAUGGCUGUCGGAAAGAAUAAGGGUUUAGCCAAAAGUGGAAAGAAGGGAGUAAAGAAGAAGAUUGUCGACCCUUUCACUCGUAAAGAUUGGUACGAUGUCAAAGCCCCCAAUAUGUUCUCGAACCGUAAAGUCGGUGUCACUGUGGUCAACAGAACUCAAGGAACGAAAAUCGCUUCGGAAGGAUUGAAAGGACGAGUAUUCGAAGUCUCGUUGGCUGAUUUACAAAAAGAUAGCGAUGCUGAAAGAUCUUUCAGAAAAUUCCGUUUGAUCGCCGAAGAAGUUCAGGGACGUGAUGUGUUGACCAACUUCCACGGUAUGGAUUUGACUACCGAUAAACUUCGUAGUAUGGUGAAGAAAUGGCAGACUUUGAUCGAAGCCAAUGUCGAUGUUAAGACUACUGAUGGAUAUUUACUUCGCGUAUUUUGUAUCGGUUUCACCCAUAAAGAUCAACUCUCUACGAGGAAAACUUGCUACGCUCAACAUACACAAGUUAAAGCCAUCCGUAAGAAGAUGGUCGACACGAUUACACAAGACGUAGUCCAGAACGAUUUGAAAGAAGUAGUUUGCAAACUAUUACCGGAUUCGAUCGCUAAAGAUAUCGAAAAGAAAUGCCAAGGAAUUUACCCUCUUCACGACGUCUACAUUCGUAAAGUUAAAGUUUUAAAGAAACCGAGAUUUGACAUCAAUAAGUUAUUAGAAUUGCACGAAGACGGUGCCGGUACCGCUGUUGUCGACGAAGCUGGUGUACAAGUUGAACGUCCAGAAGGUUACGAACCUCCUGUACAAGAAAGUGUUUAGAUUUACGAAUAAAGUUUUGAUUUAUACACGUU